CAAAACCCAAGGUUCGAUAGCGCAAAUACUGUAUCGUUGCCAUCGCUAGGAGUACUCGAUAUGAAUGCUGGUCUUCAAAUCAUACUGAUUUCUCUUGCGAGAGCACUUUAAAAAAUUCCCCCCAAUUCCGUCACGCCACGGUCAUACCCUGCAUACGCAUAUACUGAGAGAGUAAUAGAGGGAGAAUGGCUAACGCGGAUGCGGAAGCGGUGGACUUCGAGCCGGAGGAGGACGAUCUGAUGGACGAGGAUGGAGCCGUCGACGUCGAAAAUUCACCUCGGGCAACGCUUCCCAAGUUGAAGUCCGCAAUUACUGGAGGUGCAUCUUCCUCCCUCUCUGCUCCCAGAAAGACUAAAGGCCGUGGCUUCAGAGAGGAGGCUGAUGCUGACCGACAGAGCCGCCUUGCCUCUCGCGACUUUGACUCCCUCGGCUCCGAUGGUGGGCCCGUCUCUCAGCGAUCUAUUGAAGGAUGGAUUAUUUUAGUCACUGGAGUGCAUGAGGAGGCACAGGAGGAUGAUUUGCAAAAUGCUUUUGGUGAUUUCGGUGAGAUAAAGAAUUUGCAUUUAAAUCUUGAUCGCCGAACUGGGUUUGUUAAGGGUUAUGCACUGAUAGAAUAUGAGAAGUUUGAGGAAGCACAGAAUGCAAUAGCUGCAAUGAAUGGAACUGAACUUCUGACACAGAUCAUCAAUGUUGAUUGGGCCUUCUGCAAUGGGCCUAUCAGAAGAAAGAACAUGAGAUCAGGACGAGCACAUAGGUCAAGGAGUCCUAGGAGGAGAUACUAAUGAGCUGUGUUGUUAGAGGGUGGCUAUAAUUGAUUCGUGUUUUGAAUGGGUUUAUGGAUUUGCUGAGAAUCCCGCACUUCUCUAGCUUCCAAUUCUGUGGCAAUUCGGCACUGAUUUACAUUUGUAACCUUUAAGCUUAGUGAUCUUGUUUAUUCUGUGAUUUGAGGAUUAUUUUCCCCCCCAAUUUAGUAGUGAUAUAACUGCUCACGUUGAAUAUCCUUGUAAGAUCAUAGCUUGCAAGUUCGUUGUUAAUUCAAGUAAUUCGGCGUUGCAGAGGA